UUAGUAUAUAAAGAAGAGACAAGAAGAUCUCUCUUUCUCACAAAGUCAUAAGUCAUAACAACAAAAUUCCAUUUCUUGUCUGAACCAAAGAGCAGAGAGAACUCAAGAGACUACUUCUUGUUCUAGUUAAUCAUGAUUUCUGUUGUAAUCAUCGCUGAGCUACUAGUGGAGUACACGACGGCUCUUGCUAAACUCACCGCCGGGAUUCUUCCGAGAGAUGUAAAUGUCGUUAGGAUUGGUGGUUUCUCUUUGUAUUGUCCUCCUAGAUCGUCACCGGUUCCGGAUUUCUCUUCUCAUCUCGUCAUUUCUGAUCAGUUAUCGACCAUCGUCGAUUUAUUUUGGUCUUUUUUUUUUUUCAACUAUUUUUUUGAUCGAUUUUAGUUAUUUUGAUACCCUAUUUUUUUCCUAAAUGGAAUUGAAGAGUGAUGAUAGCUGAGGAUUCUUUUUGCUCUCUUGUGGAUGUUUGUAAACCUGUAUCGAAUUAUAUAAUACAAAUGAUUAUUUUACUCUCUU